AUGCUGCAGCCGAGCAGUGAGUUUGGAGCAGACAAUAUUUGGAUUCUGAAAUUCCAACACGAGAAUGGGGUACAGGACCGUGGUGAUGUACAUGGAGAUCGGCUGCUUUGUGGUCUGCGUUACCGGAUGGAUCCUGGUCUGUUCUACAAUGCCAACAGAGAUUUGGACCUGGUCUGAAGUUGACAGCAUAGUCCUGACGACGUCCAACUACUUCUCCAACCUGUGGAAGGACUGUAUAUCAGAUUCCACUGGAGUCUCUGACUGCAAAGGAAUCCCAUCAAUGCUUGCACUGAACUGGGAUAUUCACAUGUGCCGGGCUCUCAUCAUCAUCUGCAUCAUACUGGCUUUCUUUGGAUCGAUUUUGGUCUUGGUGGGAAUGAAGUGCACUAAGAUUGGAGGAACCGAAAUUGUUAAUGCAAGAGUGACCUUUGCUGGAGGAAUGAAUUACCUGAUCGGAGGCAUGUGUUCGAUGGUUGCUUUCUCGUACUAUGGAAACAAAAUCAGGGCAGAAUUUCAAAACCCUAACUUCAGAGAGCAGAAAUUUGAAAUAGGCGUUGGAGUGUUCAUUGGAUGGGGAGGCUCGACUCUUCUGGUUUCCGGAGGCCUGGUUUACAGUAUCUUUGCAGGGAGAGAAGGAUGCCGCUCAAGCAAAGAGAGGAGAUACCCUGCCUACCAAGCGCCUGAAGCCUACACAGUUGUUCCUACAAGUAAGAGCGUUGCGUCUUUUGCUCGUACGGAGAGAAGCAACAGCAAAGUGUCGAGAACAACAGCCAGAAGCAGCAGAAGCAGCAGCAGCAGCAGAGACAGCAGCAGAGACAGUAGCAUCUCUGCCAUCACCACCACCACCAAGACAUCAGCUUCCAAUGCUUAUGUAUGACUUACCGGAAAAGGUGGAGAUGAACUUCAUUCUGUGUGUUUUUCUCUUCAUGGGUCAUUUUAUUCUCAGUUUUUUUGGAUUUAUUGUUUCAUCAUUUAUUUUUUUUGGGUCCAGUCUCAUUAUUCCUGACUUUUGCGCUUGAUGCUACCAUCAACAACAAUAAAUGAGGUCAAGGAGGAGCGUUAGAGGAUGAACUCUCCUCACAAAGCAGUAAUGUGAUCCUCCAACCCCUAUAACCUUCACACUAAUACUUGCUUUGUUACUAAUGUUUUUCAUUUUAUAUAUUCCAAACAUUUAUUGGGAUCCAAAAAGAAAUAUCUAAUCUGCAUCUCUCAUGGUUUCCUAUCAAACUUUAUUUUAUUAGGUUAAUUAGCCUCAAUUACACAAAUAUGGUCUAAACGUCACUGAUUUCUUUUCAAUGUGUAUUUGAUAAAAUGGAGUGGAAUGAAUUGACUGUGAAAAAGCUGUCACUAGACCCUUGGAUUUUUCCUGCUGUUCUACAAUCCCCCUGAAACUCUAAUGCUCACAGAGAAAACCAUGUUCUGAAAACCACAGGUAUAAAUCAAACAUCUAUAAAUCAGUAUGAGGGAUAGUCCUUUUCAGCUGCAUCGUCCAGUUGCUGUAAUUUGAUCUGAAAGUUCGAAUUUAUUCAAACUCUUGCUGACAGAGAAUGAAUUUCCAAAUGUGGCACUUUUUUUUCAUUAAACACUUUUUCCUUCUU